AUGUCAAUUGAAUUGAAGGAAAUAACUGUUGGUAAUCCAACAACUAAAAGAGCAUUCACCACACACUUAUCCUAUGAUAGAACAAGAGACAGACUGAUCUAUCCUACUGGUAAGUGUGUCACUUUACGUUCUUUAGAUAAAGGUGGACAAAGCUGGGUAUUUACAGGACACAAGUAUCCCGUAACUACAGCAAAAAUCUCACCAAGCGGAUUCUACAUUGCUUCGGGUGAUGAAGCAGGUAAUGUCUUAAUUUGGGACUGUUCUCAAGAAGAUAUGAUAGUCAAGAGUGAAUUCAAGGUCUUGAGUAACAGGAUCAAUGAUUUAGCUUGGGAUGCAGACAGCAAAAGGAUCAUUGCUGUUGGUAAUGGGACUGAUAAGUUUGGACAUUGUUUUACUUUUGAUUCGGGAAACAGCAUUGGAGAAAUCAGUGGUCACUCCAACCAAAUCAAUUCGGUUGCAAUCAAGCCAACUAGACCAUACUCGGCAUUUACUGUUGGUGACGACUCAAAUGUAGUUUUUUUGAAAGGUCCGCCAUUCAAGUUUAGCCAGAGUAACAAAACAAUUCAUAAUAAUUUCAUCAAAAUGGUCAAAUACUCACCAAAUGGGAAGAUUGCAGUAAGUGUCGGUGUUGAUAGAAUCAUCUCCUUGUUUGACGGUAAUACAGGUGAAUUGAUCAAAUCUUUCAAAGAUAUCUCUAAAGGUGGUAUAUAUGCUGUCGAUUGGGUUGAUGAUGAAUCCUUCUUGAUUGCGUCUGCUGAUGCCUAUUUGAGAGUCGUCAAUACUGACGGGUCAGUGGUUCAAGAAUGGAGUUUGGAGUAUAAGAUCGAAAAUCAAUUUUUAGGUUGUGCUCUAGUUGGUGAGAACAAGUUUGUUGGCUUAACUCUUGGCGGCUCGAUUUAUGUUUUCACUGCAUCACAGAAAGACCCAUUACAAACGUUUUACUCACACCAGGUUAGUAUUGCUUCAAUGGUCAAGCUAAAGGAAAAUGCUGACUUGUUUUCUGGAUCAUAUGAUGGAAAAAUAAUAAAACAUUCACCAUCUAAGGGUGAUGAAUUAGUUUCUGGGGAGGAGCAUAAGGGGUUGAUCGUUUCUCUGGCAGAGGUUGAUUCCAAGUCUAUCUUUUCCAUUUCCUGGGAUGACAAACUCAAAUUUAUUCAAAAUGAAGAUUUCCCUUCGAUAUCAACAUUAGAAGAUUUAGAGAAACAACCUAUAGAUCUAAAAGUACACAACAAAAAUGCUGUCAUUUUAUUUGAAGACGAAGUUAGAAAAUACGACUCUACUGGGAAGUUUUUAAAGUCAUUUAAGCUAUCCUAUGGUGCCUCUGCUUUCGAUGUGUCCGAAAAUUUCGUCGUCAUUACAGAUGCACAAAACUUUCAAAUCCAUAUCUACGACUCGGAAUUGAAAUCAAUCAACGAGACAAACUUUUUACGUAGUAAGCCAACUUGUGUGGCAAUCUCUGGAGAUGAGAAGUAUCUAGUUUGCGGUGAUAUUCAAGGAAAGAUCCUCCUAUAUGGCUUACAAGACUUUUCUCUCAUCACUUCAAGAUGGGCAUUCCACACAUCCAAAAUCAACUCCCUAAAAUGGAGUCCAGAUAACAAGUACUGUUUAUCGGGUUCUUUAGACACAAACAUUUAUAUUUACUCAGUUGAGAAGCCAGCUAGAAACAUAAAGUUCUUGAAUGCACAUAAGGAGGGUGUCAACUGUGUCGAAUGGCUAGAUGAGAAGAACAUUGUUUCUGCUGGUACUGAUAGCUGUAUCAAGUAUUGGACUGUUGAGUAUUAA